AUGUUGUGGUGGGAUGCGAGGGUGACGACGCUCUUCAAGCGAAACCUGCAGCCCACGCUCACCUACUGGAGCGUCUUCUUCAGCUUCGGCCUGUGCAUCGCCUUCCUGGGGCCCACCCUGCUGGACCUGCGCUGCCAGACCCAGAGCUCGCUCUCGCAGAUCACCUGGGUCUUCUUCUCGCAACAGUUCUGCCUUCUGAUCGGCAGCUGCUUGGGAGGCAUUUUCAAGAGAACGUUGGCUCAGUCUCUGCUUGCUCUCUUUGCGUCCUCACUUGCGAUCUCUGUUGUUUUUGCCAUCAUUCCUGUCUGCCACAAUGUGGUGGUGCUUGCAGUGGUCAUGGCUGUGGCUGGCCUGGCCAUGGGCUGCAUCGACACACUUUCCAAUAUGCAGCUGGUGAAGAUUUAUCAGAAGGAUUCAGCAGUCUUCCUGCAGGCCCUUCAUUUCUUUGUGGGCUUUGGAGCCCUGCUGAGUCCUCUCAUAGCUGACCCUUUUCUGUCUGAUACCAACUGCAUCCUGGCCAAUGGCACAACCAACAGCAACAGUAACCUUCCUCACAUCCGAAAGUCUCUGGUCCCCCAUCACCUUGGGAACCUGUCGCAUUAUGAUCUGCCCACGAAAGGGCUGGUGGUGACCCGAGUGUCUUACGCCUUCUGGAUUAUGGCUUUGAUCAAUCUGCCUGUCCCCAUUGCAGUGUUCCUUUUGCUCUACAAGGAAAGGCUCGUGCCGUGCUGUCAGCACAGCAGUCCCCCGCUGCUGCCUGCAGAUGAGCUGGCACUGGAAACCAGGAUAGCUGACAAGGACGAUUCCUCAACUUCCUCACCAAAAAUCCAGCCAGAAACAGGACAUGACGACCUCUUCGGUUGCUGCCAAAGCAAAAACUUCAGAGGAGCUCCCUGCUCUUACUUUGCUGUCCAUGUGACUGGAGCCCUUCUCCUCUUCAUGACAGAUGGGAUCCUGGGCGAGUACUCUGGUUUUGUGUACAGCUAUGCUGUGGAGGAACCACUCUCAGUGGGACAUAAGGUGGCUGGUUAUCUGCCCAGCCUCUUCUGGGGGUUCAUCACACUGGGCAGACUUAUCUCCAUCCCUGUGUCAUACCGAAUGAAGCCAGCAACUAUGGUUUUCAUCAAUGUGGUUGGAGUGCUUAUAACAUUCUUCCUGCUCCUGAUCUUUUCCUACAGUGUUCUCUUUCUGUUUGUGGGGACUGCUUCUCUCGGCUUAUUCCUCAGCAGCACUUUCCCUAGUGUGCUUGCCUACACCGAAGACAUCCUUCAAUACAAAGGCUGUGCCACUACUGUGUUGGUGACAGGCGCGGGAGUUGGAGAGAUGGUCCUUCAGUUACUGGUGGGAUCAAUCAUUCAUGAUCAGGGCAGUUACAGUUUCCUGGUCUGCGGAACCAUCUUCGGAGCCUUGGCCUUUACUUUCUACAUCUUCCUUCUGUUAUUCCACAGGAUGCACCCCCAGCCCCAAUCAGAUGUGGAUCUCUCACCCGACAAGCCACCACCAAUAGGAGAACCAGGGCUUUAUCAGAGCUAAAGGAAGCAGCAAAUUUUUAUUUGGAUUAAGCACAUGGUCCCUCCUACUGAACGAUUUGCACUCACCACCUGGUUUAAAACUACCUGAAUUUUCUAUGAUCAGACUUGUUAGUUACAACCUGUUCCUAUUAACAAAUUAUCCAUUGUUACCAGAGGAAGUUCACUGCAGCAAGAACUAAGUGAUGAACUGCAGAAUCCUAGAAGGGCUGAAAAUUUUGAUAUAUGGAAGUUUAACUCGUCCGAUUAAACUCCUAGAUCAGUUCAGGGGCACAGGUGGUGAAAACAUGUAUUGAUGUAUUUUACAGGCAAGGGGGUGGGAGGUCUCCUUAAGUUUUCUAUUCACUACAACCAGGAAGCAUCGCUAGGUAUUAGCGGGCAUGUCCUCCUAAGCUGCAGCCCCUUGGCUGCAGCACAGUAAAAGAAACAUGUUCCCUGGCACUAUGUACAGCCAUCCAGAUUUUUUAAAAACUGCAUCUAUUCACCACCUGGAUUCUAGUAUUCAAGUCUUGUGUGUUGCCUAGAUGGGAUUUCAUGAUGUUCACCAGGUGAUGGGGUAGGCCACCUAAUGACGCUCAGCUGACCCAGGAUUGUUGGCCUUACGAAAUUUGCACAGUAGGCAGUAUGAGUGAGUUGUAGGCUACUUUAGGUGCCGGAACAGCCAAACUCCUGAAACAUGGAAGUUCUGAAGUACACUAAGCCAAGUGUCAAGUCUCUUCCCUUUGUGCAAUAUUAUAAUAGGUGCCUUCUGUGAGCAGAACCCGAGAGGUACUGACGAUCCAGACUGUAGCAGCCAUUUUCAUGCCUGCUACAAAUGAAGGUAUCAAGAUCAUUUAAGACACAGCUUUAGCAGAACUGAGCUGGUUGUGUUGCAAAAUGCUGUCCCGUGACAUACAUGUGUAUGUAUAUAAA